GGGAUAAGGAUUAUGAUGUAGCAUCAAAUAAAGCCUAACUUACGUGCUGUUACAUGACAGAUCAGACUACAAUUAAUUAAUUGACUCACGUGACAAACGUUGCACGUAAAAUCACAUGUGACAACAAAAACAUGACGUAAGUACGUACAUCCGGCAAUAAUACCGCGUCGGCUCUCACUUUUUUUCAGUUACGACUAACGGAUAGGAGGAACAAGCGCACAAAUAAAUAGUCAAUAAAAAAGACUUUUUAGAACCUCAACUAACAAGACCAUACAAAAAUGAUGAAAAUAACUACGAUAGUGAAUCCCAAACGGGUUUUUGGGCUUGCCCAACUCCGAGCUUUUUCACAAUUAGCUAUAAAACAAAAAGAAGUCACAGAUGACAAGAUGCAGGCAUGGCAAAUACACUGCUAUGGAGGUUUGGACGAGUUAAAAUUGACAAAGGCCAAGAUACCGAUGCUGACGAGACCGUCUGAUGUUUUGAUCAAAGUAGAUGCAGCUAGUGUCAAUCCAAUCGAUGUUGCCAUGAUACGUAGCUAUGGAGCAACGACUCUGAAUCUUUUGCGCAAAACCAAGGGCUGCUGCGAAAACAGGCCCUAUAGUGAUAUCGAGUUCCCGUUGACUUUGGGAAGAGAUUUUGCUGGUACAGUUGUUUCAAAGGGCCAUGGUGUAGAUAAACUUAAGAUCGGAGAUGAAGUUUGGGGAGUCGUGCCAAUUGAACAACAAGGCUGUCAUGCUGAAUUUGUUCUUGUAGAUAGUUCUUUGGUUAAUGUCCGUCCUGCAAAUGUAUCCUACAUAGAGGCAGCAAGUAUUUUGUAUGCUGGACUGACAGCCUGGUCAGCUUUGUGGUACACAGGAGGAAUGUGUUACAAAACUGUUCUUAAACAACAAAAAAAAAGAAUCUUAGUACUUGGAGGCUCAGGAGGUGUAGGAACUUUGGCAAUACAACUCUUGAAAGCAUGGAAUGCUCAAGUCGUCACAACGUGUAGUGCUGAUGCAAUAGAUAUGUUACAAAAUUUAGGUGCAGAUGUAAUUAUAGAUUAUAAAGAAAGUGAUGCCGAUUCAAGAGUUAUUGCAGAAGGACCAUAUGACAUAAUAUUAGACUGCAGUAAUCAAGGGGCAGACACUGUUAAAUUGAAAGGUUACCCUCACAGUAAUUACGUAACAUUAAACUCACCACUGUUAAAAAACAUUGAUGAACAUGGACUACUCUUUGGUUCCAUAAAAAAUCUUGGUGACUUGAUAAAAUACAAUAUUCCAACUAGUGAAAACCAAAGCUUUGUUAAAUGGGGAUUUUUUGUUCCUUCUCCAACUGGCAUCAACGUAAUUCAAGAACUGGCUGAAAAUAAACAGAUAAUUCCAGUAGUGCAAGAGGUGUAUAGUUUUGGAGAACUACCAAAGGCAUAUGAAAAAGUAGGCGAAGGACAUUUGCGAGGAAAGGUCGUUAUUGACAUGAGAUGAAAAUUUAAAAAAUUGUAACAUCUAGUGCUGUAAACAUUAUUUUACUUGAAGAGCCGUCUAAUGUAUUAAUCCUUGUCUAAUUUGUACAAAGUAAUUUAUUUACAAUAAAAUUUUACUUUAUUUUUUACAAUCA